GUGGGCGGUGUUUUUGUUAGGCUUUUUUCGGUGUUAAAUCUCCCAUUUCGGUGCUAGAAAUUGUACAAAAUUCCCAGAUAAAUUGCCCUAGUUUUUAAUCUUUGCUGCGAACAAAACAAGGAGACGAGAAUGUGCUCGCGGACGCGUUGGGGACGAAUCGAUCCCAGUGUACAGGUCAAUCUGCCGUAUGGACCGUCGAGCAGGGUGAUCAAGCUGAAUAACAAAACGCUACCGCGGCGCGUUGAACAGCAGCUCCUACUGAUGGCCUCGCCCUCGCCGUUCCUCAACUUCAUGAACAAGUUCCGCUUGGACGAGAUCCUGAUCAACCACCAGUACAAGGGCGUCUACAGCAUGCGCACAGCGGCGACCAUCACCGAGCUGGCCAACUACACAUGGAACGUGAUGUCCGUCUCUGAUCGCCAGCCGUAUAUCCGGCUGGCCCGGAAGGCGCAGCAGAUUCAGCAAGCUCGAAAGCUGCGCUUUUUAGGCACCAGCAAUCGGCCGGUGAUUAAGAGGGGUUCUUAGUGUACCAUUGUUGUUUGAAGCAGUCUUGGCCCUUGUUUAGUAGCAUAUAGAAAAUUGUUUUAAAUAAAUAGUGAAUCUCCUAA